GGCAGGGCUCAGAGCACAGCGGAGCAGGCAGCGGAGGACGAGGACUCACACCCGCCGAGCUCUGUGCACGUGUCAGCGGGCUGAGGGCAGCGCGGGUCCGCGUGCCUCGCUCCAAAUCGGCGUCACCCUCGGAGAAGGAAAAAGCCCGGCGGUCGGCUGGGAGGGUAGGGCGCGCACGCGCACCAUGAGAGUCGCCGGCGCGAGCCGGGACGCGCUUGGUGGUGUAGGAGGAUCGUGAGCCGCGGGGCUGCUGUGUGAGGAGAGCUCGAGCCGCGGAGCUCCACAGGGAGGAGUCAGAAUGCUGCUGUGUUUGUUCAUCUGGAGGACAGAAAGCUAAGGGACGCACCCGCGCGGGGCUUUAAGGCAAAUCCUCUCAGUAGGACGUUUUUAACAGGGUGGGGGGAGGUGGAGGUGGAGCCAUUCACCUGGAAUGUACCUGCUGGACAGCAUGGAGAGGGGUACUCCUCAGAGGAGGACUGUCUAUCGGAUCUCUCUGACUUUGGUGAAGAAGGAGAGCAUGGAUGAAGCUGGUGGUGAGGAAGCAGGUGACUCCACACGUGGGGGUUUCAGGACGGAGGGCUCCACGGAGAUCCAAAGAACCGGGCAGCUGGGGGAGCUGAGGGAGGUGGAGGACGAGACAGAGGAGUUCAGUUCGUCCCGUGGAUUUCUGAGGAGCUUUAGGACGUUCAGCACCGGACAGCUGGAGCUGGGGAAGCUGAAGAGCUGCAGGAAGCUGCUGAAGGCCAGGAGCCCGCUGACGGAGCAGAAGAAAGAGAUGCCUGGAGGCAGUCCUGGUCCCGGUCCAGAUGGCACCAAGCAGGACAGUGAAGGGUCAGGCCCGGCUCAAGCUGCUGUGGUUCAGAACGGCAGCAUGUCUAAGAGGAAGAGGCUGCUGAAGGCGAAGAGCAUGGAGGACAAGAGGUACGAGCCUCCUGUGAACGGAGAUGGGCCAGCGCCUCAGAGUAAACCGGUCUGUCCUGGGACCCCCCCUCUGAAGCCGGCCCCUCUCCACCGCAGCUUCAGCUUCAGGCACUGGAGCGGCAGCGAGCUGCUGCGGGCGCUCACCAGGGACAAGCAGCACAGCAGUUCCGGCUGCAUUGGGCCGACAGCCCAGCGCCCCAACGACGGGGUCACCGAGGGCCCCCGCCUGCCGGACCCCAGCAGGGAAAAGAGCCGGACCCUGGAGGUGGGCGCCGUCCUCAACCGGACUGAAUCCCUGACGGAGCUGAGCCGGUCCGAGAGGGCCCGGGAUGCAAAGAACCGCACGCUGGACAACAGUGACCUGGUGCAGCUGACGGACGUCGUCGACGGCAGGGGCCGGCUCCUGAGAGGGGGCGGGGGCCGCUCCAGCGAGAGGCGGCUGGCUCGCUUCUUCAGCGGGUUCUUCAGGAGGGAGGGGGCGGCGUCACCAGCCGGGAGCCCGGGCACGGGCGGGUCCCUGAGGCGCAGCAGGAGGACGCCGCUGGCCCAGUCCAGCUCUGAGAGCAUGAACGGCAGCGACGAUGCGUUUGUCAACAGUCAAGAGUGGACGCUGAGCCGAACGGUUCCUGAGCUCAAAGUGGGCAUUGUGGGAAACCUGGCCAGCGGGAAGUCGGCGCUGGUCCACCGGUACCUGACAGGAACGUACGUGCAGGAGGAGUCGCCCGAGGCCGACGUGGACGCAGGCGGCAGGUUCAAGAAGGAGAUCGUGGUGGACGGUCAGAGUCACCUGCUGCUCAUCAGAGAUGAAGGGGGACCCCCAGAGGCUCAGUUUGCGUUGUGGGUGGACGCCGUCAUCUUCGUCUUCAGUCUGGAGGACGAGAUCAGCUUCCAGACCGUCUAUCACUACUACAACCGGCUGGCCAACUUCAGGAACACCACCGAGCUGCCGCUGGUGCUGGUCGGCACGCAAGACGCCAUCAGCUCGACCAACCCGCGGGUCAUCGACGACAGCCGAGCCAGAAAACUCUCCAACGAGCUGAAACGCUGCACCUACUACGAGACCUGCGCCACCUACGGCCUCAACGUGGAGCGAGUCUUCCAGGACGUUGCUCAGAAGAUUGUGGCUACUAGGAAGAAGCAGCAGCUAUCCAUCGGGCCAUGCAAGUCGCUCCCCAACUCCCCCAGCCACUCCUCUGUGUGUACGACUCAAGUGUCAGCAGUGCAACUGAGCCAGACGAGUAACGGCGGCGGCAGUUUGAGUGACUACUCAUCGUCGGUGCCGUCCACGCCCAGCACCAGCCAGAAGGAGCUGCGUAUCGACGUCCCGCCCGCCACCAACACUCCCACGCCGGUCCGGAAGCAGUCCAAACGCCGCUCCAACCUCUUCACGUCGAGGAAGGCCAACGAGCCGGAAAAGGAAAAAAAAGGCCUGGAAGCUCGAGCCGACAGCAUCGGCAGCGGGCGAGCCAUCCCCAUCAAACAGGGCAUGCUGCUGAAGAGAAGCGGAAAAUCCCUGAACAAGGAGUGGAAGAAGAAGUACGUGACGCUGUGCGACAACGGAGUUCUCACCUACCACCCCAGCCUGCAUGACUACAUGCAGAACGUCCACGGGAAGGAGAUCAACCUGCUCCGGACGACGGUGAAAGUACCAGGAAAGAGGCCGCCGCGCGCCAUCUCCACCUCCGCUGCCGGGCCGAGCCCAAAUGCCAACGGCCUGAGCAAGGAGAUGAGCGGCCUACAGCUGGGCCAGGCUCCAGGUUCGGUGUCCAGCAGCUCGUCUGUGUCUCAGAUGCCGAGCGGCGUCAGCCUCGUGUCCUUCAGCACCUGCGGCUUGGAGGGCAUGCACCAGCGCUCUUUCUCCGUGUCGAGCGCCGACCAGUGGGCCGACGCCACCGUCAUCGCCAACUCGGGCAUCAGCACAGACACUGGCCUCGGCGACUCCAACUGCUCCAGUCCCAGCAUCUCCAGUACAAGUCCCAAGAUGGAGCCACCACCAUCCCCGCACGCCAAUCGUAAAAAGCACCGCAGGAAGAAGAGCACCAGCAACUUCAAAGCCGAUGGCCUCUCUGGUACUGCAGAAGAACAAGAGGAGAACUUUGAGUUUAUUAUCGUGUCGCUGACGGGGCAGACAUGGCAUUUUGAGGCUACUUCAUACGAGGAGCGCGACGCCUGGGUGCAGGUCAUUGAGAGCCAGAUCCUUGCCAGCCUGCAGUCCUGCGAGAGCAGCAAAAUCAAGUCUCGUCUGAGCAGCCAGAAUGAGGCGCUGGCGCUGCAGUCUAUCCGGAGUAUCCGAGGAAACGGUCGAUGUGCCGACUGUGAUACGCAAAACCCAGACUGGGCAAGUCUCAACCUCGGAGCUCUGAUUUGCAUCGAGUGCUCGGGCAUUCACCGGAACCUGGGUACACACCUGUCCCGGGUCCGCUCUCUCGACUUGGAUGAUUGGCCUCUGGAACUCAUCAAAGUGAUGUCUGCUAUCGGUAACGAGGUGGCCAACAGCGUGUGGGAGGCUAACGCUCAGGGACGCAUGAAGCCCGGGCCAGACGCCACCAGGGAGGAGCGUGAGCGCUGGAUCCGAGCAAAGUACGAGCAGCGGCUCUUCCUGGAGCCACUACCAAGCACCGACCUUUCUCUUGGCCAACAGUUGCUAAGGGCAACCGCCGAGGAGGACCAGCGCUCCGUCGUCCUGCUGCUUGCCCACGGCUCCCGACAGCAGGUCAACGAAACUUGCGGGGAGGGAGACGGACGCAACGCACUACACUUGGCAAGCGGAAAAGGCAACGUGAUAAUUGCACAGCUGCUCAUCUGGUACGGUGUGGAUCUGAUGGCGAGGGAUGCCUGUGGUAACAGCGCCUUGGCGUAUGCCCGCCAGGCCAACUGUCAGGAGUGCGUGGACAUUCUGGCUCAGUACGGCUGCACAGAUGAGCGACACCCGCUCGUUGCCACACCCAAUCUGUCGCGUCGCAACACAAACCGCAACAACAGCUGCAGCAGCACCGGCAGCACCGCACUUAUAUGAAAGGACUCUCCGCCCACAAACUCUAAGAACCCUAAUGUUGAAGAAUCCUUUCUGUUUACUCUGAGAACCGCUUACUGUUGCAGGCCCCACCCACAUUCCCUAAUAAUCCCCUCGUUGACUCUUGGUCCUUUCGACAGGAAGGAUAAUUCCAAGGUGUGGCGGGAAAAGUGGUCCACAGUUGUCCGAGCCUCAGCUGGCUCGUCAUUGCAUUUUGGGAAACGAUGAUUCUGUCGGUGUCAUACCUCACUGCACAUGCUAGGAUGUCGAAGGCCAGUUCUGUUUCGCCCAAGCGGAAUCAUAUCGCUAAGAAAGCAAAGAUCAUCGUCUCCUUCAUUUCUUCAGGACUCUACAUAGAUAAACUCCUCCCGAUCAGCGCGCUGCCCCUCCUCCCACAGCAGGUUGUAGAAAAUAAGAUAUCAGUUUGUACAUAUAGGGAAAGGACAGAUGGAUUGCAUGUCUCAGAAUCUUUUUACAUUAAUUUAAAGUAUCUUUCCUGAUUUGUGUGUUUGCAAAAUUCCAUUGGUUAAAAAAUUCAAUAUUGGAAGUUGUUGUUUUUUUAUUAUAUUUUCAUUUUUGAGUAUAUAGAGUCAAGAAGUGUACAGAUGCUUAAUGUGGCUCAGGGACCCGAGACUGUCCAUUAUUCUACCCAAAAAAAAAAGAAAAAAAAAUCAGACUGAAUUUUGAUUUAUGCUGCCAGAGAAUCCCGAUGUCCCGAAUUUCAUUUCUGCUGAAAACCGUCAAAAACUGAAACCUACCAUGGAGCAAAAAGGGAACGAAUUUUCUUCAGGUGCUUUGGGGUUUUUUUCACUGUCCGAUCAGAUCGCAUCCCUUAUCUACAUAGCCAAUCACUGAGAAGGGCUUCUUCCUCACUGAUAACUGUCAUUGUAAAUACUUUCUUCAUGCUUUCUCACCUUUGUCCUUUGAUGGUGGCAUCAUGUAAUUUAAUGGGAAGAAAAAAAGGAAGUUCUUCGUGAGCGUGAUGGGUUGCACAAUGAAAGUAGGUUUUGGAGCGCAUGUAUGGUUCCGGAUUACUGCAGGUAAUGGAACGUUGCGUAGGUCAACCAGGGGUUCCAACAUCCAGUUGUUUCAGAGGCGGUAAAUCAGAGAUGAAGUUAAUUUAGGGAAAGUUUAACAUUUAACGCAAGUAAAAACAAGCUUUAAAAUAAAAAUAUCUGGUUGGAGAAGUCUGAAACCUCAUUUGGUGUCACCAAAUCUAAGAUCGAAGCUGAUACCAAAUACAAUUUUGAAUCAAAAUUCAUCUUUAAUCCAUUUAAGGCUUGAAUGGGAUGUUGGAACCACGGGUUGAAGAAUCUCUAGGCUCCGAUCGUCAAUCGUAUCCUGGUGAUGUCGAUUCUUUUUCUAGUAGUUUGACCUGACGUGUGUGACCUUUUGGCAGAGUAGAAGUAGUCGAAGUGAGCGUCUUCUUUAUUUGUGUGAUCAUUCUGUUUACAAACCUCCAUCCGUGUGGUCUUGAAAUGUUCACACCAACGUUGCUGCAACAGUCGAGGAGCAGUUCUCAGCUGUGUUUUCUGAGCAAUACUCAACGUUCUCUUAUUUGAUUUCGUACACUGACGAAAAAAAUAAAAAACACUCACCCUGUUUGUAAAAAGAGAUUAAAAAAAUCAAAAAGGCUUUUAUUUGACAUGGACACUAAAGUUUUUGGCCCUCAUGCCUUCUUUUCCUUUUGCAUGCCUGCCUUUUUUGUUCCUGAUGUGCCACAAAUCCUCGUCCUCUUCAUGACACCGUCAAACCGCCAUCCUGUAGAACUGAUGAAGAGUUCUAUCUUUAUUAAAGUUUUUUGUUUUUAUGUUUUUAUACCCGACUCGUCCCAGUUUAGUCCAGAACCGGGACGUGCUGAUGGGACAAAGAUGUUUUAUUUAUGACAGAAAUGCACUAAAUUGUAUUUAGUCUGUUUGUCCAAACCACGACUCUGUCCACCAUCUUUGAUGUCAAUUUGACCGUUUGGUCUGUAACCAUGGUUACCUUUGAGCAGCCACAUGACACAUUUGUUUAGGUAGUUUAGAAGUAUUCUAACUGCAGAGAAAGGUUCUUUAAAUGUGCCUAAAAUGUCUAUUAAGUAAAGUUAGUAGCCUUACAUAUUGGAAUAAAGCAAAAACAGGGUAAAAAAAAAGAUUGUAGGUUCAUUAAAACAAACAUUUGCUUUGUCAUAAGGCAGAGAAAUGGAUUGUUGUGAUAAUGUUAGGUAAAGGUUUAGCGGCAGCCUUAAUUCGCCAAAACGAUUCACUUGCCUAAUCCCCUGACUCAUUGUUUUAAACUCACAGAAGAGAUAAGUCAUUUAGGUUUGCUCUAACAAUAAAAAAAUCUAAUUCCAAAUAAAACUAAAACACUAAGAGAUAGAAAGUUUGCGAAGACAAAAAGCGACAGAAAAAGUUCCAUAUGCUAAAGUGUGAAAUAACAGUAACUUUAGCUAGUCAGUGUUUACCUAACAAAGGAAAAGCAGCCAUUUAACUGCUGCAAUAUUUGGUGUGUUUUUUUUUUUUUUAACUAUCAUUAUCGAAUUUGACACAAAACUGAAAAACGAAUCUGACAGAAGCAGGGAAAAGUGCUUAUUUGAUUUCAUUUUUUAGCUAGCAGUACAUUACUGUACAAACUAGUUUCAACUACAAACAAAACAAAUGACUAAAAGCUAACGAGUUUUUUAAGCAAAGACUUGCUAGCUUUUAGCUUCAAAGCUAGCAGGUAGUAUAAGUCAGCAGGACUUUAGUCAACGUAUUGGCGUAGUUUCUAUUCAUUAAUAAAGUUAAGAAGUACAGCUAAAACACAGACCAUACGAAGCAUAAUUGCACUGCUGAAAUGUCUAAAAUAUUUCGUUAGCUAACUAUCAUUACUAACUGGCUUUUUAACUUUAAGUAGAUGCUAUGUUUUUACUCUAGCUCUUGUCCUGAAAUUGUAAGCUAACUAGUUGUGUCAUUUCGUACGACGGAUGGGCCCUGCGAAGCGGCAGCUAGCAGCCACGUUGCUAACAGGCGGUUUGUUCUGCGCAGCCGUCUGCAGAUGAGUCAUUUUAACACACAGAGAAAAUCCAUUCUUGUUGCUGACCACGUGUAUAUAGACCUCAGCAAAGCUAAAAAUGCACCUGCGUAUGUUUUGAUUGUGUUACCUCAUGUAGCCUUUUCCCCUCAACCCCACCUGCCCAAGAUGCCCACCUCUUAUUUAUAACGCACCUUUUUACCCGUAUGUACAUUUUUCCCAGAGUUCCUCAGUCCAUCCACAGUUUCUCAUUACAACCGCAAUGUUUUGUCAUUCAGAACGCAUUCUUAUUGUCACAGUUAUUCUAUGAUUAUUAUCAUUGUUGAAUUGUUUUUGUUUUGUUUGCUGUACAGUACUGUUGUUAAAAAUUCUACCUAAUACAGAGUCUCCUACUGUAAUGUGUUUCUUUUCAAUAAAGAUGGAAAUAAUACUUCAUAAUAUAA